AUUAUUAUUAUUAUUAUUGUUAUUAUCUUUAAGCGGUGUGUUUUGUGUGGAAAAAAAAAAUAUACUCACAAUUAUGCAGCCACGGAGAUAUGAGUUUGGCAGGGCGGAUGAAGCUACACACCCUGAUUCUGUGCGUGCUACCUUAUCUGAGUUUCUCUCUACUUUCAUUUUCGUCUUUGCUGGAGAAGGAUCUGUUCUUGCCCUUGAUAAGUUGUACCCUGAUAGAGCUUUAGGAGCGUCGAGAUUGACGGCGAUUGCACUCGCGCAUGCGUUUUCGCUGUUUGCUGCGGUAGCGUCCAGUAUGAACGUCUCCGGUGGUCAUAUCAACCCGGCUGUUACGUUUGGUGCUCUUGUGGGCGGGCGAGUUAGCGUCCUUCGUGCUAUGUACUACUGGAUUGGUCAGUUGCUAGGUGCUGUUGUUGCCUCUGCCUUGUUGAGGCUUGCUACGGAUGGAUUGAGGCCAGUGGGAUUUGCGGUAGCAUCAGGAGUUGGCAAUGGAAAUGCACUUGUGAUGGAAAUAGUGAUGACAUUUGGUUUGGUGUACACUGUUUAUGCAACAGCUAUUGAUCCAAAGAGGGGUAGUUUGGGGAUUAUUGCACCUCUUGCUAUUGCUUUCAUUGUUGGAGCUAAUGUCCUUGUUGGUGGGCCUUUUGAAGGAGCAUCCAUGAACCCAGCAAGGGCUUUUGGGCCUGCUUUAGUGGGCUGGAGGUGGAGGAAUCAUUGGAUCUAUUGGGUAGGCCCAUUCAUUGGUGCAGCCAUAGCUGGAAUUAUCUAUGAAUUUGGACUCAUACAGGCUCAUGAUGAAGCUCCAGUUCAUACUCAUCAUCAGCCUUUGGCUCCAGAAGAUUACUAAAAUAGGAGGACUUGUUUUGUUUGUGAAGUUUGUAUGUUUGGGUCUUUUUGUUUGCUUUCUUAAGAGGCCUUAGCCCCCUUCAAAUGUAUUUGCGACUUGUUUAAUUUUGACUUGUGUAAGCUUUUAAAUAACAUAAACAAAAAAGCUAUGUUUUGUGUA